AGCAAAAGCCAAGCACGUGUCAAAGUUCCCCUUCCCCUCACCCCCACCCAAAAGCAAUGACAUCAAUCCAAACCAACCACCCCAAACACCACCACCACCAUAAUCGAACCCAUUCCAACAACACACCAAACCCACCCCAUGAACCCCCACCAAACUUCCCCAAACCCAUCCCCCCUAGCAAACCUCCCUCCGGAACUCCACCUCCUCAUUGCCACACACCUCCCACAACCCCCCGACCUGUCCCGCGCGCACCUCGCCCAAACAAACCACUACUUCCACACCCUCCUCCCGCGCCCCACGCACGCCGACUUACUCGCCGCCGAGCUCGACCCCCUGGCCAUCGCCCACGACCUCUACGCCUGCCGGUACUGUCUGCGGCUGCGGCGGGCGACGCACUUCGCGGACCGGAUGGUGCGGCGCGGCCGGGGCCGGUUCGGGGCGGCGCGGGAGCGCGCGAAGCGGUUCUGUUUGGCGUGUGGGGUGCUUCCGCGACAUGUACUCGGAGAGGAGAGGGAAGGGGUCCCGGGGAACGGGGGAGGUCUAGUAGCGGGGCCCGCAGGCAGCCCGCGAGGCGAGGCGCGGUACGGGUAUGGGGAUCUGGUGCGCGUGCAGGGGGAAUGGCAGGUGUUCUGUGGGCGGUGUCGGGGGUUGCGGCGCGUGGUUCCUCGCUCGCAACCGGCGGCAGCUGGGAAUGGGAGGGGGAGCAGGGGCCCCGGGCAUCCCCCAAAGCUGCCGGUGUGGGAGGAGGAGCAGGGCAUUGGGAUGCGCUUGGGACGGGAUCUGGGGUGUGAGGGGUGUUUGUCUGUCUCCCGUCAGGAACCGGGGGGGGAAUGGGGGUUGAGAUCCAGUGAGGCGAGAAAUAUACCCCGUCCCAAACGACACGAGAUACCCGACACCGUCGAAGAACCGUAACGCCAGGGCCUCGCCCGAGGUAUUCCGGGUAUCCUGGCCCGGCGGCAGCAGCCGCACCACCGUCCGGUUGUUGCGGUACCAGGUGACAUGGGCAUCCCGCGGCGCGGUGGUGCUCGACGCGACGAAGUCCUGGAUCACGAAUUCCUCGAGCUUGUCCUCCGCGCUGAGGACUCCGCUGCCGCCCUUGGUGUUGCAAGGUACCGGCACCGGGAGGAUAGACGAAUAUCCCAGACCGCGGUCUCGGAGCGCGUGGGCCAUGAUGUCUUUGUAUGUGGCGGGAUGCAUGUCCA